UCGUUCCUCCCUCCUCCCUCCUCUUUUCCAUCACUUUGCCCCGUCUUUUCCUCCUCUCUCCUCUCAGCUGUGGAUGUCCUCCUCACUUACAGUAUGGACUCGGGAGGGGAAGGAGGAGAGGGCUGGAUGGAGGAUCAGUGGGAGAAAUGGUUGACCCAUGACAUAAGCCUGGAUGAGUUUGAAGAUGACGACCUGUCGGAGAUUACAGAGAUCACAGACGAGCGAGGGCUGAGCCUCAACUGUAACGGGCCGGAUAUAAAGGGCCAUGUGAGGCGAGCGACCAAUAGCAUGUCGGGGAGGGCGGAGCUAGGCGCCGUCGGCCAGCUCCAGGCAGAGAUGCUGCAUUUGGACCUCAUCGACGGUGCUGACGGUUACCGCGCCGACAAAGAGUCCUCCAAGGCGUCCGCCGUAGCACCUCUGCCAGUCAGCAAAGACCCUGCCGCACCUGUUACCAUGGAUACCUACCGGCCCAAGAGACCCACGACCCUUAACCUGUUCCCGAUCGUGCCACGCACACAGGACACACUAAACAAUAACUCCUUCGGGAAGAAAUACAGCUGGCAGGAGAAAGUUUCAGGCUCGUCUUCGCCUCUAAAAACAGGUGAGCUAACGCCUCCUCGUGAGCAUAGCUGCCUGAGCGACGAGGACAAGCUGCAGGGCGGUGGCGCUCAGACCAAAGACCGGGGCACGUCCACCGACGCCCCCUGCAGGCACAGCCACACCUCUGGACACUCGCACGGAUCAGCCGCGUCGGCUGGAACUCGCUCCAAAGUCCAGGAGAAGCCUCCUGCUCCUCCUCCGCCACAGAACUACACCCCUGCUCCUCUGUAUCCGGCGGCGAAGGUGGAUGGAGGCAGCCACCGGGAGAGGAUCCGCUACCACACAGAUGUACGACUAGAGCCCACAGAGGAGAUCUACCUGACUCCAGUGCAGCGUUCCGCGGACCCCCUCGACCCCCCCGGAGUCCAAGACCGACCAUUCCUCUCACAGCAGAACGAGCAGGGCCGUAUGUCCAUCAGCUCUGACACAGAGGGCCCACCCCCUUACCAGCCCCUCCCAGACCGGACCAACCCAUCCAUCUACGAGGAGGAUGAGGUCUACGUCCCCCCACCGUCUUACGCAUCAUGCGUGGAGUCCCUCAUAACCCCGCCCAGCACAACUCACUCCUCCCUCGCUUUGGACCUCAGCUUGAGGGGGGCGGGGUCAGGCCUGCUGAGGGCGGGGUCUUCGGUGGAGUACGUGGAUGCGACCGAUGAGAGCUACUGCGGUGAGGACGAGGACGUGGACCGGGUAAUAAUGGACGGGAGGAUGAGGAAAGGGGGAGGGAAGGGGGAUGGGGUAGGCGGGCUAAGAACGGCUCCACUCAGAACUUCCAUGAGCUCGGAGGCCAGCGGGCUUUCGUACGACUCAGUCAAAUACACUCUGGUGGUGGACGAGCACGCUCAGCUGGAGCUGGUCAGUCUGAGGCAGUGUUACCAAGGUUACAGCGACGAUAGCGACUCGGCCACCAUCUACGACAACUGUGUGUCAUCUCCGUACGAGUCGGCCAUCGGGGAGGAGUACGAGGAGGAGGACGAGGAUGAGGAUGGAGCUCGGAUGGGAGGAGUGAGGAGGGAAGCGACGGCAUGUCUGUCUGAGGACUCGACUCCAGAGGCCGACCUGCACUUCUCCAAAAAGUUCCUCAACGUCUUCAUGAAUGGACGCUCUCGUUCUUCCAGUGCAGAGUCUUUCGGCUUAUUCUCCUGUGUCAUUAAUGGAGAGGAGAGGGACCAGAGCCAUAGAGCCGUCUACAGGUUUGUUCCUCGACACGAUGACGAAUUGGAGCUAGAGGUGGAUGACCCUCUGCUGGUGGAGGUGCAAGCAGAGGAUUACUGGUACGAGGGCUACAACAUGCGAACCGGGGCCCGGGGCAUCUUCCCAGCUUAUUAUGCCAUAGAGGUCACCAAGGACACAGAGAACUACAAAGAAAAAAGCAGUGAAUGGAUGGAUAGAUACCGGCUGAAGUUCUUGGGCUCAGUCCAGGUGCCGUACCACAAAGGGAAUGAUGUUCUAUGCGCAGCUAUGCAGAAGAUUGCCACAAAUAGACGGAUGACGGUGAAAUACAACCCGCCAUCGUCCUGCAUCGUGGAGAUCAGUGUGAAAGGAAUCAAGUUAUCGGUUCAGGAGGAUUAUUACGCCUGUGACAGAAGUAAUGAAUGCAAUCACUUCUUCCAGUUAAAGAACGUCUCCUUCUGUGGCUAUCACCCCAAAAACAGCAAGUAUUUCGGUUUCAUCACUAAACAUCCAGCAGACCAGAGAUUCGCCUGCCAUGUAUUUGUGUCUGAAAACUCAACUAAACCCCUCGCAGAGUCAGUAGGGAAAGCCUUCCAGAUGUAUUAUAAAGAGUUUGUGGAGUUCUCGUGCCCUACAGAGGACAUCUACCUGGAAUAGCCCCGCCCUGCCUUCAGCCUGUACAGCACACUGUAUCAUAACAUAAAGAUGCAUGAAGGACAGAAAUAUCUUUAAAACAAAAGAAAACUUAAAAAAAUUAACACAUCUAAAUAAAACGCAGGAGGAGAAGGAAGCAAGAAGGACCGAAGAAACGAGCCAAAGGAGGAGAGGAAAUAUGCAAAAUGGAGUCGGUGAUGAAGUAGUGAUCACGGGCUGUCCAUGGAAAGCACAACGUCGUAUCGCCACAGCCUUGGCAGCGCUAGUUAGCCUGUAGCAUCACGGUCACAGCGGACGGACCUGAGAGACGACGGCGAUCACAUGAUGACCUUAACGUUUAGCGAGAAGACUGAGUAACUACAAAAUAACACCCUCACACUGAAAAUGUAGAGUAACCAAAAAUAUCAGUAAAUUUAAUCCCUGUAGCACAAAAUGAAGAAUCCACCGGUGGAACAGCUGAAGGUGAUGUUCUCUGCAGGUUUGGGUUUUAAACUCUUACCGCAGCAGAUUCACAGACAAGUAUUUUCACCAACAAAAACAAAAGUCAACGCCAAGAUCUGGAUCCGGUGUCACAGAGUAGGAUUGUGGGGUUGGCAAGGUAAUUCUGGUUCAACCCAAAUUGUCAAAAUAAAGAAUAGUCAUGUAGAAAGUUGCUAAAACCAUCUCAUACGUUUUAAUAUAUCAUAAACUCUGGAUCUUACAUAAGAAAAGGAAUGAAAUAGUUAAGAGUAGGGCUGAUAUGGACAUGUUAUCAUGAUUAAAGUGAUCAAUAUCAGCCAUUAUUGAUGAUCAAUGUCAAAUUAUUGUUUUUUCUUAUUAUUAGGUUGGUUUUUGGUCCUGAGUGAAAGUUGAAAAGGCCGGAUUAUUUGUGGUUUCUUCAACUCUUAGCACUAACAGACAAUUGAAAAUUAUAUGUAAAAUAACGUUGAGAACAUAACAUGUAACUUUACAUUGUGAUAAAAAAUUAUCACAAUAAUCAUAUCUAAUCAUAUACUAUAAACUUCUAUCAUGAUAACUGUAUUAGCGUUUUAUCACCCAGCCCUACUAAUGAGUAAGUUAUAUAUUUUUUUUUUAAAAAAGACAAUAAAAUGAUGCUUGUGCUCGUUUUGAUGAUGGGUCUCAAAUCAGACAUAAAUAGUGGUUAAAGCCUCCGUGAGCCACUGGGUUGUGGACAUUUGAAACCUUGAGUUUUACAUGAACGCUACCAUCUUGUUACUUUGAAACAGGAGUGCCCGUAUUUGGAAAAGUGGGCGGAGCUAAGAAAGAACAAGGGGUGAAACUUGGAAUGCUAAGCCUAAUCCAAAUUUCCUGAAAACAUAGACUGUGCUGGCAAUUAGCCUAACAUUUACAUGUGAAAUGCCAGCUACUU